UGCAUGUCACCUUGCGUGGCGGCACUAGCAUCUUCUUGACAAAGAAACAGCCCAAUAAGACAACCUCACACCCCAAGUUGACUCGACCGAGUUACCCUCUCGCUCACUCGCUUACCUUACAAUCCCCGCAACCCCCAUCCCAACUCUGCCUUCUUCUUCUUCUUCGUUUUUUUGUCAAUUUUUGUUUCUAAAAUUUGUUGAUAAUAAAGAUGAUGGGGCAUGAAGAAACUGACGUGCACGAAUCCCGAGAAGAAAUGGAAUCUCUGGUCCUCGACGAGCCAUCCAACGGCCGGUCUUCCUCCGAUAAUCCGCUGCUCUCGUCUGCAUCGUCGUCCUUCAUAGACCGUCAGAGCCCUGACUCUUCCUUCAACACCUUUCUGGACCCACCGUCCUACGCCGAAGCGAUCUUCACCUCCUUCGAUUCCUCAUCCAACGGCCACGAUGAAAGCCCCCGACUUUCUUCCAACUCCAAUCCUCGGAGCUCCGAUUACCUCUACAUCUCGGUAUCGGACCCGCAAAAGGAGCAGGAGCUAUCCAAUUCGCUGGUCUCGGGUGGAACCACGUACUACACGUACUUAAUCACGACGAGGACGAACCUACCCGAAUUCGGCGGACCCGGGUCCGAAUUCACCCUCCGGAGACGCUUCCGGGACGUGGUGACGCUAUCGGACCGGUUAUCGGAGUCGUACCGGGGGUUCUUCAUACCGAUCCGACCCGACAAGAGCGUGGUAGAGAGCCAGGUGAUGUCUAAGCAGGAAUUCGUGGAGCAGAGGAGGGUGUUACUGGAAAGGUACCUCCGGAGAUUGGCGGCGCACCCGGCGAUCCGGCGGAGCGAGGAAUUGAGGGUGUUUUUGGAGGUGAAAGGGAAAUUGCCACUGGCGAGGAGCAUCGACGUGGCGUCGAGCGUGAUUGACGGGGCAGCGAGGCUGCCGAGGCAGUUAUUGGGCGAUGAGGCGAUGGAUGUGAGUGCCAAGGGCGGUAGGGACUUGCUGAGGAUGUUUAAGGAGUUGAAGCAGGCGAUGACGAACGAUUGGGGCGGCACAAAGCCGCUGGUGGUGGAGGAGGAUAAGGAGUUCAUGGAGAGGAAGGAGAGGUUGGUGGAGUUUGAGCACCAACUUAGCAAUGUGUCGCUACAGGCUGAAUCGCUUGUUAAAUCCCAGCAGGACAUUGGAGAGACAAUGGGGGAGUUAGGAUUGGCUUUUGUUAAGCUGACCAAGUUUGAGAUGGAGGAAGCAUUGUUUGAGUCUCAAAGAGCACGAGCCACUGACACGAAAAAUGUGGCGACUGCUGCUGUUAAAGCUAGUAGAUUGUACCGGGAGUUAAAUGCACAGACCGUCAAACAUUUGGAUAAACUCCAUGAUUAUCUUGGAAUAAUGUUAGCCGUCAACAAUGCAUUUGCUGACCGAUCAAGUGCUUUACUAACAGUUCAGACUCUUUCAUCGGAAUUAGCUUCCUUGCAUUUAAGGAUCGAGAAGCUUGAAGCUGCUUCAUUGAAAAUAUUUGGUGGUGACAGGUCCAGAAUACGCAAAAUAGAAGAAUUGAAAGAAACCAUUAGAGUUACCGAAGAUGCUAAAACUUGUGCAGAGAGAGAAUAUGAACAGAUCAAGGAAAAUAACAGGAGUGAGCUUGAAAGACUUGACAAAGAGAGGCAUGAUGACUUCAUGAGCAUGUUGAGAGGGUUUGUUGUGAAUCAGGCAGGUUAUGCAGAGAAGAUGGCAAAUGUGUGGGAGAAGCUUGCAGAAGAAACUGAUCAUUUGUGAAAGAUGGCAGCUGAAGUACUUGGCUGUAAAUUUUGGUUUCAAACUUUCCUUUGUACUUCUUCCUGUAAUUCAUGUUUGUACAGUAGUUGGAAUGUUCAACAAGCUUUACACUUGCUAAGUUGAUCUGGCCAUUACCUCCAUUGUCAUUUAUUAAUGUCCACGAAUCUUUUCCUUAAAAGAUUAUUGAAUUUUUUACA